UUCAAAUCCUCAAUGGAUCUAUCAGAAUACUAGUCAUGGUGCUUAAAAAACUAUAUGCGUUCCUCGUCCUAGUCGUCGCGAUCACGCGCGUCGCGACCGCAAGCAAAGAGGCUAAACGGAAAGGCCAUUUGCUACGUGGUACAAACGAGAAAGUUGCAAGGAAAAGGAAAAGGUCAACAUCAUCUGCUUCUUCAUCUUCGUCCUUGGAAGUCCAGACUUCUAGUGCAGCUGGUAACCAAGAAGAUCAGGACUCCGGGAACUACAACGUCCGCAUUUUACCACCUACGCCGUUGGAUGGAGCUACGAAUGCUGCAUUAGCGCGCGAUAGGGAGAUAGAAGAACGACAGGCAGAGGAGGAACAACUACAGCAGCAGGUCCAGGAUGAUUCUUCGCCACGACAGAGCUCCGAGGAUACGGCGAAAGAACCGGCAGUAGAUGGGAUGAAAGAUAACGCACGUGAUGGCGCUCCUGAGGAUCAUCGUACCAGGAUCACGGACAGUGAAGAAGAUGAAGAUGAGCAAGGCGAGGACCACAGUGCUGGCGCUGCAGUAGAGGGGGAAGAGGAAAGACUUGAGGUAGACAUCCCUCAAAAAGUACAUGAUCAAUCUUCGAAAAAGAACCUGGUGGCUGAACUUGCUAAAAUAGGAGAAGAACAGCUGAGUGAAGAGCAGAAGAAACCUGUCGUAGAACCGUCACGAAAGCAGGAGGAACAAACCGAAGAGGAGCAAGACUCCUCUUUCGUGUCUUCGUCGUUUUUAUGGCAAAGUAAGUAUAUUUGCAUCGAUGAAAGACUUACAAGGUAGAGACUCUUUCUGUUCCACUUAGUUUAGGGUUUAGGGUUUAGGUUAACAUCAAGCAUUUGCUAUUUGCACUGGUGCGUGCUGUCCUUUAGACAUCGUUUCCUCCAAUCGCCGGCGCCGCAUCAUCCGACCUCACGAAAUUAAUGCGAGAACCCCACGUGAGUCCCGGGACAAUCCCUGGCACCAUAAUAAUCACCAAUCUGCCAGGACGGCUCACGGAACAGGCUAAAAGAUUAGUUCAGCAAAAACUGUGUCCGAUUGUGAUAGCAGAAGGCGAGAAUGAGUCGUAUUUAUGGCAAAGUUCGGCAAUUUUUUUUCCAGCUAGAUCAUCGAGUAGAUACUGUAAGCGAGCCGCGGAGUUUGCAGAUCCUCAUGGCUUGUUACAAAAAAGAGUUGCGCUUGGCGUCAACCAGAGAAGACGAAACAAUUUUAUCCACCUCUUCAUGAUUCGUUGAGAAAGCAUACGAAGCGUAUACGGCAAUCAAAAAGACAUUUGUGGACUUAGUUGCUCAGGUUGAUUCGGAUCCUAGUGAAGCUCCUGCUACAGCAACAGAAGGAGGAGAAGCAAGCACAACACCAGAAGGAGCCACUCAGCAGAAAGAUGGCACGAACAGAGAGAUCCUCAAAGAAGGUGCUAGUUCUCAAAGUCCAGCUGGUACAAAAGCUUCUUCUGCUACAACUGGAUCAGCUGUGGUGGAUCCUUCACUCACGACUAGUCCACCUAGUACCGCCACCACGAACGCAGAUCCAGCAGAAUGUCGCGUCGAUGAGCUGCUCGAGGACGAAAAGGAGGAUUUGAGUAAACUAGUUUUGAAAAUCGUCUACGGCAAGAGCAGUGGUAGGAUGUGGACGCAAGGCGAAUUAGAUGAUUUGCGAGACGUUCUGGCUGAUGAGCUGAGUGGAGGCGCCGCAUCGAAACGUGCAGGCGAAGGAGGCAGUGGAGAAGGUGGAGGGAUGAAUUUACGACGAAGGAAUUUUGAGUGAUUCAGAGACAACCCAACACUUUUUAUCCGUUUACUCCUAACUGUAAGACUAUCGGGCUAGUCUUACAAUUACAGGAGUACCAGUAAUCGGCUUCAAGACUGGCACAACUUUCGCGAGUAUUUAUAUGAGAAAAGUAAACUUAAGCUUGUUAAGCUUUCAUAUCUCGGCUUCUUCCACGGUCUUGGACCCGGCGAUUGCGUUCUCACAGGGAGUAAUCGUUUAUUAUGGUUAGCUUUCAUCCAUCUUUCUCGGCAUCUUGAUCCCCUUUUGCCUUGCAUUCUCAUGAAUUACAAGGGGAAAGGGGUCGAGAUGAGGGACCCAGAUGGUUUGAAGCCGAGUCUAAAUUUAUACCAAGUCCUCACCAGACCGCCUCCUGGGAGCAACUUCGUCGCAGUACGAUGCUACGGACUCGACAACGCUGAUUCCAAUGGCGUAGGCUUUUGCCACGACGACCAGUAUGAAGCGAAAAUCUGUUAUCAAUAUCGUACUUUUCUACUUAAGAAACUUGAUAAAUAAGUAACGAUAUUGAUAACAGAUUUUCUUAAGUAGAAAAGUACGAUAAUGAUAACAGGUUUUCUUUUCAUAACCAGCCAAAAGCCGAUAGGCUGAAUCCUCAUAAGCCACUGAGCUACCAGUUCCCACUGCAUAGGAGAUGGAGACAAUUCAGCUAUCCCUCACAGCAUACGAACAGGAGAGGUUUUUAUCCUAGUACAGGAGCAGGGUAUCCUCCAUCUUCUGGUGGUGCUGCUGUGAAUCCUUCUGGCAGGAGUACCAGAACAGGAAGCUUAGCAGAAAUUCCGUCUUUGCUAGAGCUGUCGGAGGCGUCGAAUUUGGUGGACGAAAAGGAAGCAUCUUCUCCAUCUUCCACUAUGAUGGAGUUAGAGAGAACAUCCGCCGCACACGAACCCCACCAGAUGUCAUCCUCCUCUCCUCUCACAGGCAACCAGCACCACCGUCGCACCUUAGAGCGCGCCCUUCUCCAUCCACCAAUCACCGCAAUGUGGAAUGCCUUUCGUCCGAUACUGAUUCCUCGACAGAGAAUCGCAAAGCGCGUCCGGUCAUGUCGUCGAGCUCUGGACAAGCAGAAGAAAAAGGGGACCUCGAUGAGUCCAACUCUCUUGGGAAAUGGCGUGGGAACCUUCUCUACCACCCCCGUCUCGGAUCGAAAGGGGGGCAACCAAGGUGGAACAAAUGGCGGAGCGCAACUAAGUGGAACUCAUGCGGGUGGAGGGGCCUCGCUUUUGUUACGGCUGUGAAUGGACUUAAGUAUCUGUGACUGUAUUUCGGUAAUCUUCAAUUUUGGUAUAAUUAAGUACUAUAGACAGUAUUUACUAGGUCUACUUAUAUUGCUAUAGACAGUAAUAUACUAGGUACUACGCGCUCCACAUCUCUAACCUCCGAGGAUGAGUAUGUGCUAGAGCGUGUCUCGGAUGGCGGAGCCUUGUGGCAGGUCCUGGAGAGCGGGAAGAAUUUCUUUUGGUAUCUCCAAGACGCGUAUGCGAAUGCAUUGAAGUGAAGAGAAGCGGAGUCUCAGGCCCGGCGUGCUUCUCCAAUUUUGACUAUGGAGAAAACACAACAUUUCUAAACAAAUUUUGUCAACGAUUUGCACAGCUUGAAAAGUUAACGACUCCACAUCGACGCGUAUAGUGUUUAAGGAUAGCGACUCUGACUGAGAU